GAAAAGAAAAAGGGAAUUCUAUAUUUUAAUGUUGAAAUAUCUUAUCCUUCUUCUGCCUCUUCUUUGGGUCACUCAACUAAACUAAUUAAUGCAACACAAGGGCUUUCCCAAAGGAGAAAUAAACAAAAACAGGCAUAAUGAAUCAGAGAAGAAAAAAAACUGUGUUAGAUUUCCCUUGCCAUCUACUUUACCUUCUCCAUUAGGCAUGUGACUCAUAAUAAUACAUCAGCCUAAAAGAAAAAGCGAAAAGGGAAAAGAACACCAAAUUAUAUAUUAUACUGUACUUGCUUCUCCUUCCUCCACGUCGCUCCCAUCCAAACUUUCCUUCCCAUCAUCAUGCCAUAACAUCAUCCAAAGUCCACAUUCAAUGACCUAUACCCAAUUCCAUGGCAAUACACCUGUUCUUUCUUUUCACUUUGUCCUAUUCAAACCUCAUCACCCAAAUUGCUUUAUCAAUACUUUAACUGCACUGCUUCCCUACUUCUUUCACUAUAACAACAAUCCUAUUCCUGUCAAGAUUCAAGAUACAACAUUUCAUUUUUAUUUUUGGAACAUAUAUACAAGGUGGACAACUAUAGUAAAUUUCUUCUACUUCCCAUAAUCCCUGUUGGUGUUCCUCCUUCCAUAGCUAUAAUUAAAAAGGUCAAAGGCAAGCCCAUAUCUUUGUUUCACGUUGCUAGAUCAAAGCUUGAGCUCUACUUACAUUCCAACAUGAAUCCUCAAGGUCGAGUGAAGGAAGAGUUUCUCGGAGAAAGUUCUUCCUUUUAUGGUGGCUAUGAUCCGCCCCCGAUAAUGAUUGUUCCUCAACCGGUUGAGGGGCUUCAUGAAACUGGUCCUCCGCCAUUCCUAACAAAAACGUACGACAUUGUUGAUGACCCUUCCACUGACCAUAUAAUUUCCUGGAGCAAGGGGAACAAUAGCUUCAUUGUGUGGGAUCCACAGGCCUUUUCCGUGACCCUUUUGCCCAGAUUCUUCAAGCACAACAAUUUCUCCAGUUUUGUCCGGCAACUCAACACCUAUGGGUUUAAAAAGGUUGAUCCAGAUAAGUGGGAGUUUGCUAAUGAGAUGUUUCUCAGAGGGCAAAGGAUUCUUCUGAAGAGCAUUAGAAGGCGGAAAACAAAUCACCAAUCUCAUGCGAUGCAGCAAGCGGUGGAUCCUUGUGUUGAGGUGGGGCUGUUUGGAUUAGAUGGAGAAGUUGAUAGGUUGAAGCGUGACAGGCAAGUUCUUAUGGCGGAGUUGGUGAAACUCAGACAACAGCAACAGAAUACUAGAGUUCACAUUCAAGCAAUGGAAGGAAGGCUUAAAAGGACUGAGCAGAAACAGCAGCAGACGAUGAAUUUCUUAGCCAGGGCAAUGCAGAAUCCCAACUUCGUGCAACAAUUGGUUCAGCAAAAGGAGCUUAGAAAGGAGCUCAAGGAAGCUUUUUCUAAGAAGAGGUGUCUUGAUCAAGGGCCUAGUAAUGUUGUUGAAGUAGGAGAGUUGGCUUGCGGUGAAGAGUACUCAAGUUUGGUUAAACUUGAAGCACAAGUGUUGGAUUUUGAGGUACCAGAUAUUGACCUUGGUUUGAAUCUGGGGGAGCAAAUUGGAAGCCAGAAGAGAAUGGAGGGAGAUUAUGUUCAAGUUGAAAGUAUGGAUAAAGAUAUUGAUGAAGUGUUUUGGCAAGAUUUGCUGAAUGAGGGCAUUGAAGAACAAGGUGUAAUGGGUGUAGAUGUAUUGGCUCAGCAACUUGGUUAUUUGGCCUCAAGGUCCAAAUAGGAGAUUGUAAAGGGUUGCUGCAUUUCCAUUGCUUCAUUGAAUGCCAAGAUCUCCUUAAUUAAUUACUUUUAGAUACAUACACUUCUCUAACCAGUUAUUGUAUUGAUACUGAGAUGCUAAACUGACUUUCUUGUCAAAUUGUUAUUGGUCCACAUUUAAAGCAGCAGCUUAUCAAGAAAUGGACUCCUUUUGAUGACAGUUAGCAAAAGGGUGGUUGUUCUCGUGGUUUUCUCAAUUAUUGUAUGUCAAAUUUAUUUCAAGUUAAUAUCUCAGUGAAAUGUGGAGGAACUCUCUUGUUUAGCUA